CAUAUACACACUAAUUUUAAUAGAGAACAAAAUUAGAAAAAUUAUAAUUAUUUUUUUAUGAAAAGUUUUAAUACUUUUAAACUAGAAAAUUCAGAAUAUUUAUGAAAGAUACAUUUCCUUUUUUAGCAUUUCUAACAUUCUCUACAUUUAUAAUAUAUAAAAUGGAAUUAUAAUUAGAUAAAAUGAAUAGGACAGUCUUUAAAGUAAAAACUUUAAAAGAAUAAGAAAUUGAAAAAGAAAAUGAUUAUAUUCGAAAAGCUUUGAAAGGCGAUAAAAUUACGGCAGAAAAUAUUUAAAUAACAGAUGUUCCAGAUAAAAGAAAUAAAUAUAAAUUUGAAGAAUUAGAAGAAGAAGGAGAUUUCGAUACAAGAGAUGAUUUUUUAGAAGGUUUAAGGAACGAAUAUAAUUAAGGAGUUGAAAUAUAAGAAGAAUAUAAAGAUUAGGUUAUAAACUAUUCUAAAAGAGAGAAUAAAAUACUUGAUUUUGGAAUUGAUAAAAAUAAAGAAAUAUGA